AUGAACAAGAGUUGGAUGACAAAGAAUAAAUGGUCGGAAAAGUAUGUUAGAGGGGUUAAUGAGUUUUUGGAGUUCGCAUUUAACAACGGGGCUAUUAAUGGUACGAUUCGUUGCCCAUGUACGAGGUGUGCCAAUGGCACCUCGUGGGUACGGGGUAUGGUAUAUGCACAUUUGAUAAAUUAUGGGAUUUGUCAGGGUUACACUUGUUGGUAUGCUCAUGGGGAACAACUUGGAGCUAUUUCUAGUCAGGCUACUAACACCCCUAUUCAUUGGGAGCCAAUACAUGACAGUUCUAGCGGGAUGCGUGACAUGUUGCAUGAGGUUUUUCCCACUCAUGAUCUCGAACAAGAUCCUGGUUUGAGUCAAUGCCCUAUAUCAGAAAUGGGUGAUGAAACUGAAGGUGUAUACGAAGAUCGACAAGGUGCCAGUGAAGGGACUCAAAAGUUUUAUAAUUUCCUGAAUGAUGCCAACAAGCCAUUAUAUGAAGGGUGCACUGAAUAUACUAAGUUUUCCGCUAUUUUGCUUGAAAUACUGAAUAAAAUGCUUCCAUCGGAUGCCUCGUUACCAAAGAAUACAUAUGAGGUUAAAAAGUACAUGAGGAAGUUAGGGCUUGGAUAUGAGAAGAUUCCGGUUUGUGUUAAUGGUUGCAUGUUGUUUUGGAAGGACAACGAGAAUGCGGAAAACUGUAAAGUGUGUGGAAAGUCAAAGUGGAACCAGAAUAAAGAUGGGGUUGAGUCAUCACAAAAAUUGAAGAGAAAACCAAAGAAGGUAUUGCGGUGGUUUCCUUUGAAAUCAAGAUUGCAAAGGCUAUUCAUGUCAUCGAAAACCGCUUUACAUAUGAAGUGGCAUGCUGAGAAGCGUACGGAUGACGGUAUAUUAAGGCAUCUGGCUGAUGCCUUAGCUUGGAAGGCAUUUGAUUCAAAGUACCCAGAUUUUGCUUCUGACUCGCGCAAUGUUAGGCUUGGGUUAGCGACAGAUGGAUUUAAUCCGUUUGGCAACAUGAGCACUAGUUACAGUCGAAAAUCGCCCUCUUUCAAAAUAGAUGUGUACCUAGAGCCUCUAAUAUCAGAGUUGAAGGAAUUAUGGGAUGUUGGAGAACCAACCUAUGAUGUAUCCUCUAAUCAGACAUUUACAAUACAUGCUGCUUUGAUGUGGACGAUAAAUGAUUUUCCUGCGUAUGGUGAUGUGUCUGGGUGGAGUACAAAAGGACGUUUUGCAUGUCCAUGUUGUAUGGGUGGGUGGAGAAAGGAAGCAAGGUCAUUUGAUGGUACCCAAGAAUUAGAUCAUCCGCCUCCUAUGCCAACUGGUGAUGAAAUAUGGAGACAAGUUCAGGGCAUUGACAGUGUCAUUGAGGCUAUUAGGAAAAGACCAAAUAUUGUUCAAGUGGAUUGUGAUAAGCAAUUGAUAUGGAAGAAGCAGAAUAACUUAAAAGCACGUCUUGACUUAAAAAAAAUGGGUUUGAGACCUGAACUUCACCCAGUUCCCAAAGCUGCAAACAAGACAUAUUUGCCGGCAGCUUGUUUUACAAUGACUAAGAAGGAGAAAAAGGACUUCUUGAAGGUUAUACAAAAUGUAAAAGUGCCUGAUGGAUAUGCUUCAAACGUUUCACGUUGUGCCAAAGUUGAAGAAUGUAGUCUUGUGGGUUUGAAGAGUCAUGAUAGUCACAUUCUAAUGCAACAACUUAUGCCAAUUGCUUUACGUGGAUCCUUAACGAAGAAGGUUGUGGAACCUUUGAUUGCGUUGUCUGGCUUCUUUAAAGAGAUUUGUUCCAAAACGCUACGAUUAGAAGAUUUGGAUCGACUUGAGUCCUGA